AUGUCUCUCCCAUUAGAAUACCUGGUUACCCUUCCAGACGGCAACACAUUCACACAGCCUACUGGUUUGUUCAUCAACAACGAGUUUGUCAAGUCUGUUUCCGGAAAGACGUUGGACUCCAUCAACCCAUCUACCAGUGAAGUCAAUGGUACCGUUUACUGUGCCGAGGAAGAAGAUGUCGAUAUCGCCGUCAAGGCUGCCAGAGCCGCAUUUAAGGACUGGAAGAAGGUCACCGGUGUGGACAGAGGAAUCUUGUUGAACAAGGUCGCUGAUGCCUUUGAAGCCCAAAGAGACUUGAUUGGUGCCAUUGAAGCCUGGGACUCUGGUAAGACCAAGGAACAAAACGCCGUAUACGAUAUUGACGAAUGUAUCAGUUGUUUCAGAUACUUUGCUGGCUGGGCUGACAAAAUCCAGGGUAAGGUGAUCCAGAACGAUCCAAAGAAGUUGGCCUACACCAUCCAUGAACCACUUGGUGUUUGUGGUCAGAUCAUCCCAUGGAACUACCCAUUGGCUAUGGCAGCCUGGAAGUUGGCUCCAGCUUUGGCUGCUGGUAACGUAGUUGUGUUGAAAACUUCAGAAAUUACACCAUUGUCUCUCUUGUACGUAGCUCGCCUCUUCAAGGACGCUGGUUUCCCAGCCGGUGUGGUUAACAUCAUCUCCGGCUUCGGUGCUGUUGCCGGUAAGGCUCUUUCAUCCCAUUUAGAUGUCGACAAGAUCGCUUUCACUGGUUCUACUGCUACUGGUAAGCUUAUACAACAGGCUGCUGCUUCUAACUUGAAGGCUGUGACCUUAGAGUGUGGUGGUAAGUCGCCUUUGAUCAUCCGUGAAGACGCUGACUUGGAACAAGCUGUCAAGUGGGCUGCCAUCGGUAUCAUGAGUAACCAAGGUCAGAUCUGUACGUCCACUUCCAGAGUGUACGUUCACGAAUCUGUCUACGACAAGUUCUUGGAGGAAUACACUGCACACGUGAAAGAAGCCUACAAACAGGGUAGUAUGUUCGAUUCUGAAGCAGUCGUUGGUCCACAAGUUUCGAAGGUUCAGCGUGAUAAAGUGUUGAGCUACAUCGAAAUCGGUAAGAAAGAAGGUGCCCGCUUGCUUUUGGGAGGUGAAAAGAACUCGGAGGGUGAAUUAUCCAAAGGAUUCUACAUCAAGCCAACUAUUUUUGCUGACAUCAAGCCUGAGAUGAGAAUCGUCAACGAGGAAAUAUUUGGCCCUGUUGUAGUGGUGGGUAAGUUCUCGUCAGACGAAGAAGUCAUCACUUACGCCAACCAGACCCAAUACGGUUUGGGUGCUGCCAUCUUCACCAAGGACAUCACCGUGGCCCACACUAUGGCUGCUGAAAUACAAGCUGGUAUGGUGUGGAUCAACUCUUCCAACGACUCUGAUGUCCACAUUCCAUUCGGUGGUGUCAAGAUGUCUGGUGUAGGUAGAGAAUUGGGUGAAUACGGAUUGUCCAUCUACACCCAGGCAAAGGCCAUUCACGUUAACUUGGGCAACAAGUUGUAG